UCCAAACAGGAGACGACAUAAGCGGAGGAUCGAGGAGGAGAAGUUGUAAGGGUGGUAGUAGUGAAAGAAGUGCUAGUACUCGAACUGCAACGAGAAGUGGAAGCAACAGUGACAACGGCGACAUUACUCCCCAACUCUUGUAAGACGCCCCUGCCGUGCGUUAACCACAUCCCUACGGCUCUCCUCAGUGGAAACCUCAGUUGGCAGUCUCUUCUCGACUCUCUACAAGGUCAGACUUUUUUCUACAGCCUCUCUCCAUGGUAAGGAGCCCCCUUCCGAGAGAAGAUAUUAUCAUCACCAUCCUCAAGUCUUGCCACCCCAGUGCCGAAGCUAAGUGACUGGUGCAUCCCGAAAAAGGAUCACAACCAGGUGUUAUUGCUUUUCCCCUCACAAGCAUUGACUCCCUUGGACCUCUUCUGACGGUUGUAAUGUGCGGGAUGCUAGGCCCUUAUGUGCAAAGUGGUCCCAUGACCAGUAGUGCCAUCAAACUAUCACCCAAUCACACCCCAUCCACCAUGCUCACCGACCACAACGUCAACAUGGGAUCCGUCUCUUCCCAAGGGCCCACGGUCCCUUCUUAUUCGCAAAACAGUUAUCUCGCCGCUGGUCAGAACCCCUAUGCCCGUGACUUUCUAUUUCGAGGCCGUGAAUACGACCCCACUCACCAUAGUCACAGUAUGUUCUCCCCCAGCCUCCAUUCCUCGGAUCCAUUUGGAAGCCUUCACGAUCCCAUGCAAGGCAUGACCGGGGCUCGUCUAGCCGGCAUGGCUGCCGAUUGGACCACGGGUCAUCAGAUGCCGCCAGCCAACCAAAUGUAUUCAUCCGCCUAUAUGAAUGGCAUGGGCAUGCAUCAUGCCUCCGGGGCGUUUUUCCGAUACAUGAGACAUCCGAUUAAACAGGAGAUGACUUGUAUGUGGAUCGACCCCGAUCAGCUCUCACCAAAGAAACCUUGUGGGAAGAUAUUUGGCACGCUUCACGAGAUCGUCACUCACUUGACUGUGGAGCAUGUGGGCGGUCCCGAGAUUACGAAUCACGCCUGCUUCUGGGAAAACUGCCCUAGAGAAGGACGGCCUUUUAAGGCCAAGUACAAACUGGUGAACCACAUCCGAGUCCAUACUGGAGAAAAACCCUUUCCUUGUCCAUUUCCCGGUUGCGGCAAGGUAUUUGCCCGAUCGGAGAAUCUCAAGAUCCAUAAAAGGAUUCACACAGGUGAGAAGCCGUUCAAAUGUGACUUCGAAGGAUGCGAUCGGAGGUUCGCCAAUUCUAGUGAUCGAAAAAAGCAUAGUCAUGUCCAUACAUCCGACAAGCCUUACAACUGCAAAGUGCGAGGGUGUGACAAGUCCUACACACACCCAUCCAGUCUCCGAAAACACAUGAAGGUUCAUGGGAAGGAUGCCAUCAUGUCUGGUUAUGACAGUGACGAGGAGUCCAUUGGAACCAACUCAACCCAGCCUCAAAACGCCUCCACUCCAGUGGCCGCUAACAAUAACAACAAUAACAAUAAUAACAACAACAACAACAACAAUAUCUCUGAGCCCAGUCAUCCCACUUCGACCACGCCGAUCCAUUCCUCCGGAUUGAUGUCCCCUAUCAACCACCUCUCAUCAACGGCUCUAGGGCACACCUCGUUAAUGGGAGGAGUCAAUGGCUCCAAUGGUCAUUUCGUUGGUCACGCUCCCUCUGCUAAUUCCAUGCAUACCUCGUUGGACUUCAAGCCUCACAAUUUGGCGGAUUGGUACUCGCCUAUGAUGGGCAAUAUGCAUCGAUACGACACCCAGAUGAUGCACCACACCCAUCAGAAGCAUCAUCUCAAUGGCCACUCCCAACAUGUGUCAGCGGCAUUGCCCACACCCCCUUCAACUGGUCACUCUCCUAUCCAGAGCCUAUCUCAUCAUUUGCCUCUUUUGCCUUCAUCGAGUUCGGUCAUUUACUAGUAAGUGACGAUCAAGCCGAUGAUGAUGAUGAUGAAUGAAAAUACCAAAAAGAAGCUCAGGAUGGAUGGGUGACUUUGAAGUUUCGAUUAUUGUUAGACUUUUGGGCAUUCUAUUUACCAUAAGUAUGAUAAGCAUGUUGACCACCAACUGAUCUCUUAUUUGAGUCGAUCAACUGUCGAUCGAUUACAAAUCACCACUGCGCGAAGCCAAGUACAACUACUACGCAAUUGUAAAGUAUACAUAUGAAGAUGAUAUAAAUUGCUUGAUAUUUUAGCCUUGAAAAGCCA